AUGAUGACAUGCAAGAUUGAAGACCAGAUUGGCCAGGCCAAAUGCUCGUCAAUUAUCUUACAAGAACGGUCUCUUGUAACCGCUGUAGAAAUACUGGGCCCAUCAAGUGUUGCGAUCAGCUCGGCCAAUGUUUCACCAUAUGUCACAAUCUACAGUUCUGACGGAAAAGAGAUUGCGCAAUGCGUAGGUCAUACAAAGGGCGUUUGGGCAUUGAGCAAAGUUGGAGAUACGCUUGUCUCUGGGGGUGCGGAUACAAAAAUCAACUUGUGGAACACACAAACUGGGCAUGUAAAAAAUAUUCCAAGGGUCUUGCAAAACACCCUCCACGGCCAUACUGGCACAAUACGAUCUCUGCACACGUUGGACAUGACUACAGGAAAGUUCUUAUCAGCAUCACGCGAUGGUACCAUUCGUCUUUGGAGUAUCAACAAUACUCAAUAUGAGAAGUCGAUCAUUGCGCACGAGAAAGGCGUAAGAUGUCUGAACCACGUGGACGGGACUACGGCGUCUGGCGGUUAUGACUGUCAGGUCCGUGUUUGGGACAUUCUCCAGGGAGAAUGUCUACAGACAUUUGAGGGCCACAGCGCCACAGUAUACUCCAUUGCAUUUGAGUCGACAAAACUUGCUGCUGGAGCUGAAGACGGCGAAGUACGAAUCUGGGAUCGUGCAUCUGGCACUCUCCUAGCUUCUUUGAAUAACGGUAUUGGCAUACCUGCACAGAUCCGAGCUCGCAAUGGAACCCUUAUCUCAACUGGUAAGAAUGGUGCUCUGACUUUCUGGAACGAAUCCUGGCUCGGCGAAAGUCACACCGUUCUAGCUCAUGAUAGUAUCAUCGUAGCGCUUCAUAUGACCGACACUGAUCUUUUUACUGGAGGAAUGAACGGAGUCGUAAAGAAGUGGGACCUCCAAUCUGGGGAUCUCACCCACGAGAUGUCUACCCGGUAUAAAAAUCUACACGUUAUUGUUGUUGAUCAGCAGGUGGUCAUUGCCGUCUCCACAGAUGAUUCCCAUACAGCACUUGAGAUUUGGACACUGGAACCUACCUCACGAGAGAGAACACAGGAUACAUAA